AGUGAGAUCUAAAAAAGCACACAGUAUGCUACUUUAUCAUGAAAUGCACCUUGUGUAUUUGGCUCCAAAGUCUAUAUUCAAACAAACAACUGGCUUUGCAAAUAUGCCCUGUGGGCUGUUGUGUUGCAUUAGAGUACAACGCUUUUCCAAUUAAAUCAAAACUCAUUCAAAUGAAUUUCAAUAUAAAAACUGUUUCAAGGGUGGAAGAGACUGUAAUCUUGAUUUUUGCAGCAUUUAUUUGUCCAUUUAAAGUGUUCCCUAACAUGAGCUAUUAUUAACGAAGAAAAACAAUCCAAGAGCACCGUUAAAAUCAAUAAAUGUGAGUCAACAACAGGGAUGGUAGCAGAAAAGCCUGCCAAAGGUUAGUGCACUUACACAAAUGUUUUAAAAAGUGUGAGUGAUCUGCCAGACUGUGCACUCUCCUGGAUGUCCUCUGAUCCACUGCCAUCAUGAACCUAAAGCUCCUCUUCUUUUGCCUCUUCUUGGCGGUGCUCCUCGUACCUGCUGAACUAAAACAUAAAAAGCGCAAACACCAUGAUCCUGGUCAUGAGGGUCAGGGACCUGGGCAUACACACGGCAAACAAAGAGUAAAGGUUGAGGACAUAUUGAGAGACUUGUUCUUUGAGAUCGUGGAGGGAACUGGGGAUGAUGAUGAUGAUGAUGACGAUGACCAUAAUAAUGGAGACUGGGUUUUUGAACUUCAAGAGCCGGAUGGCCAAUGCGACCCAAACCCUUGCCUCAACAAUGGAGUGUGUGAGCCGAAAGGCAAGAGGAAGUUCAAAUGCGAUUGCCCCAAACCUUUCAAGGGAAAGAAAUGCCAGAGAGGUCCCAAACCUUGUAGAAGAGGUCGAUGCGGGCGUGGUGAAUGUGUGCUGACUUCCACUCCCCCGUUCUAUGAGUGCAAAUGCAAGGAACCCUUCCAGCCUCCACGCUGCACACACUUGUCACUGUGUGAGCCCAAUCCAUGUAGGAAUGGUGGACAAUGCAUCAAGGAUGGCACUGACUUUGACUGCCUGUGCCCUACGGGGUACAGUGGACGUUUCUGCCAUGUUGGCCCGAAUGACUGCUAUGUGGAUGACGGAGAGUCGUACCGCGGCAAUGUGAGUGAAACAGAUGACGGCAAUGAAUGCCUUUACUGGAACUCUCACUUCAUCCUGGAGAACGGAGCUGAUCCCUUCAACUCCUUCGAGGACAGUGAUGGACUCGGCCCUCACAACUUCUGCAGAAACCCAGACGGAGACGAGAUGCCCUGGUGUUUCUUCAGACGAGGCCGCAGGUUGUCGUGGGACUACUGUGAUGUCACAGAGUGUCUUCAACCAACAGGUCAGCUGCACAGCAUCAGGCAACUUUAUGAUGAUGAGUCAAAAAUUGUUGUUAUCUUCUGUUAUCUUUUUGUGCAUGUGUUUUCAGGUGUGGUGCCAACGGAAAAUGUCCUGACGGACACGAAUCCCACUGCUCUCCCGUCCCGUCCUACAACAUCUGAACCCACAGCGACCCCCAAACCGACAACUUCUAAACCUUCUACGACUGGGAGUCCCAGCCAGGCUCCACAACCUUCUCCCACACCCACUGACGGUCCUCCCAAUGCCAGCGUUCCACCGCAACAGUUCACCACCUGUGGGCAGCCUCAGCCAAAAAAGAAUAAUGCCCGAAUUUUUGGGGGUCUGAAGGUCCCUCCCGGGGCUGCACCAUGGCAGGUGUCCCUGCAAGUGAGACCAAAGAACUCCAACCUAGCGUUCAAACACACGUGUGGAGGAGUUCUCAUCGAGAGCUGCUGGGUGCUGACAGCUGGACACUGCAGGGAACAAAUGAAGGACAUGCAGGUGGUUUUGGGAGGUCUGUCACUGGAUUUAGAGGAACCCACAGAGCAAGCCAUACAAGUUGAAGAGGCUAUUGUACAUGAAAACUACAGAGAGACUCCUUCAGCUGUUUACAACGACAUAGCCUUGUUGAGGCUGAAAGGCACUGAUGGAGUUUGUGCCAAAGAGACCCAGUUUGUGAAGACAGCCUGUCUGCCUGGUGCCCAACUGCCUGAUGGGAUGGAUUGUAAAAUUUCUGGAUGGGGUGCCACUGAGGAAUCUCAGUAUGGUUCCAACCACCUGCUGGAAGCCAAUGUGAUGCUGAUCAGCCAGGAAAAGUGCUCUGAACCCGAAGUUUAUGGCAGAGUCCUGGAUAAUACUAUGUUCUGUGCUGGCCACCUGAUGGGAGGGGUGGAUUCCUGCCAGGGUGACUCUGGAGGACCACUGACUUGUGACCAGAACAAUGCCAAAGCUAUUUAUGGUGUGGUGAGUUGGGGGGACCAAUGUGGAAAGAAGAACAAGCCUGGGGUCUACACACGGGUCACUCACUACCUGGACUGGAUCAAGUCAAAGACUCAAGCAGCAUCAUAAGCAACUUGGCAGCACCAUGCCGGUGGAGCGAGUCUUACUCAUCAUGAUUAAGCUUUUGGGUUUUGUGCAGUUGUACCUGCUAUUUUGCUUUUCAGGUCUACAACAUCAUUUAUCAAAACCCAAUGCUACUUAAUACAACCUUCUUAAAUAAUAAAAUCUGCAUUGCUAUUUUAGUUUAGAGCAGAUCUGAAAUCCUAAAAUCCAAUACUAAAAAUUAGGAAUGUGUGGAAAUUACAUACAUUUGAAAUGAGACUGCCCUGAGCCCUUUAAGGGGAAAAGUGUCAUAUUAUAUUAUCAAUCAAGCACAGUAUGUCUCAGUGGCAGAUAUUUCAUCAUUCUUUGGAUGGAUUAAGUUGAGUGGAUCAGUGAUGACACAGCAUGAAAAGUGAAGGUAUUGACGGUAUAUUUAAACCAUGCUGAUAAAUGCUUCAACUGACUGUUUACUUCAAUCUUGGGUGUCUCUUUGUGCUGUGUUCUGUGCCUCAUGUCUUCCCUGUGUGUCCUCACCCGUGCCCAAGGGCAGCAGAGCUCAUGGUCGCCGCCCUGAUCAGGAUAAGGAGAGACAUUGGACUGUUUAUUUACAAAUGUAGUAGCCUGUCCUCCUGCAACUCUGUAGGGCCACUGACAUGUGAGAUUAAAGGCACGCACAUCCUCCAUAUAGUCUGGGUAGCUGAAGGGACGGUUGUACAAAGGUCGAGCCAGUGCAGUGGUUUACACACGGGUCAUUUGCUUCCUGAACUACAUCAAGUCAAACAUGAGAGCUACUAAGCUGCUGACCGAAUAGACUUCACCACAGAACAAAAGUGUUGUUUGAGGUUUCACCCGAUACCACUUGAUGAAAUAUUUACUGUACAUGACACUGAAAAUUUAACAUAGAAACGAUUAAUUGAUGAAUAAAUAUUGAUUAAAUAGUUGUUAAAUAUAGUUUAUACAUAAAAUUGAUCUUAUAUUUCUUCUUUCUGUAGUCUCUGACAAACCAAAAUAAAAUAUUACUAAUUUAAAAUUAUCAUUUAAGUUGUGAGUUUUAAUAAACAAGCGGGGGCAUUUUCGGCACAAUAAUAAGAGGGCUAAUAUAUUAUAAAGAUGUGAAUUGUAUACCACCUUAACAGAAGUAACAACACAGGAGAGUCAGAAGGUGUAAAGAGAGUCAGUCAGUACACAUCUACAAAGUUCUGACAAGAGGCCUAAUUAGACAACAAAAAAAAGAAGCUGUGUGGUUGAACCAGACUUCACUAAAUAAACCAGAGGCUCAUAAAUAACAACAAAUUACCAGUCCAAGAAGUUUAGAAAAGGUUAAAGGGCUUUUUUUAAACCUCAUUUAAGUGUCAUGUUGCACCUUUGUCAUAGAAAUUUUGGAAAGUAGUCCCAAAACCAGACACUUUUCAGUUUUAUUGUUUAAAUAAAGAAAAUAUGUUCA